CUAACUUCUCACCGCAUAUGCUUUUGUGGUCCGAUUAGAUUUCAACAUUUCUCUUCUGUCCACUUACCUUGAGGCUCGAGUAGUAGUAGCGAUUCGGAAGACCAACGACAGGCCAAAAUGUCUUCAUCAGGGUCAAUCGCAACUCUCUCUGCACCCACCCAGCGACUGAUAUCUGUCGCAUCUCAUCUACACAGUCAACGAUUUAAGGUUGUCGUAUGUCGCAACCUCGGACCCGAUGUCAUGUCCAUUCUCGAGGCAAGACCAGAGCUAGAUUUGGUUGUCUGGCCAGAAGAUAGUGCCUGUGAACGGUCAUGGUUGAUGGAGAAUAUAUCUGGUGCGACUGGGGUGAUUGUUAUGCUCACGGACAAAGUUAAUGUAGAGCUUCUAGACAAGGCUGGACCUUCUUUGAUGGUGGUAUCAACUAUGUCCGUUGGAUAUGAACACAUUGACCUCAAGGCAGCAGCACAACGAGGUCUAAAAGUGGGAUACACUCCUGAUGUCCUGACAGAUGCAGUUGCUGAUCUGUCGGUCAUGCUCGCUCUCAUGGCUGGCCGAAAUGGAGGCACUGGCGUGGAUCUUGUGCAAAGAGGCCAGUGGGCAAAUUUCUCGUGGGCUCCUUUUGGCCUGUGCGGGCCACAACUCAGUACCACAGCUGCGUCUCCCACAAGGAAAAUUGGUUUUCUGGGCUUUGGACGAAUUGCACAAGCGACACUAGCGCGCCUGGUGCCGUUCGGGAUCACGCACUGUUUGUAUUCCUCAAACCCAUCCUCACCUCCAAACCACGCUCGGGAUGCUGCGCUCGCAAAACAACACAAUCUUCAAGCGGUCUCAAAGGUAGACAUUGAUGAACUUUCGCGGGAAAGUGAUGUUCUCUUUGUGCUCGCUCCUGGAGGGGGCGAAACAUACCACAUUGUGAACGAGACACUGCUUAGGAAGAUGAAAAGGACCAGUAUCCUCGUCAACGCGAGUCGCGGAACGUUGGUUGAUUCAGAUGCUCUGGCGAAGGCUCUCAGAGAAGGAUGGAUCUGGGGAGCUGGAUUGGAUGUUGUUGAAGGUGAACCUAACGUCACGAUUAAUCAUCCUCUUGUUAAAGAGCCGAGAUGUGUGAUAGUGCCUCAUAUUGCAAGCGCUACACUAGAAACUCGACGAGAAAUGGCAACUCGUGCGGCACAGAAUCUGGUUGGGGCUAUCCUGGGAGGGGAUAUGCCUGCUCAGGUCAAUCUGUCCCAUGUAUCGUAACAGUCAAUUGCAAGCUGGUCAAAUCGAUAUCCUCCUCUCAUAGCUGUCCACAGAUGAUUCAGGGUGCGAUCUCUUGGCUACAGAUCGCAUCUCGCUCAAAGAUAUCCCCUCAAUUUGCCGGCGGCAUUACCACUCGCUUGGAAGGCAACCCGAAAAUUUUGGAAGCCGCUUGAAAGCGACACCAGGGGGCUUCCAAGGCGGUCCCAAGACCAUUCCAAUUUAAGAGCAAAUUGCAAGUCAAAUAUCAGUCACAUGUCCUUCCAAGGCCUUAAAAUCAUUGCGUGUGGUUGAAAUCAAUUUUUUUUAAUUGCAAUACUAUCCAAGGC